AUGCCUGACGACAGUGACUACCCACCCGUAAAGGACUUAUCGAAGUUGGAUGAUAAACAAAAACUAAGAUAUCAAGAUUUAUCAAACAACUUCAAAGAAAAGUAUGGCAAACUUCCCCAGUUUUUUGCCUCUGUACCAGGAAGAGUUAAUCUUAUUGGAGAACAUAUUGACUACUGUGGCUAUUCUGUCUUGCCAAUGGCUGUGGAACAAACGAUCAUUAUUGCUGCUCAUGUGACUAAGGAUGACAAAAUCUCAUUGUCAAAUAAGAAUCCUGAAUUUGAAGAUUAUGAAUGUUCUGUUGGCCAUGUAAUUGACAAAUCCUUUGCUGCUUGGUACACUUAUUUUCUCUGUGGACUUCAAGGCAUCAAAGAUAGUGGCAAAGCAAAGAAGCUACAUGGUCUGCAAUGUAUGGUUGAUGGAAAUAUCCCUAAAAGUGCUGGACUCUCCAGCUCUAGUGCUCUUGUCUGCUGUUCUGCACUUGUCAUUGCACAUGCUAAUGGCAUAAAGUUUACAAAGACCAGAUUGGCUGAAAUCUGUGCAGUCUGUGAACACUACUGUGGUACAGAAGGUGGUGGAAUGGACCAAUCAAUCGCUUUCAUGGCAGAGCCGGGACAGGCCAAACUAAUAUCUUUCAACCCCCUAACUGCAACACCUGUGCAACUGCCUCCAGGGGUUGUAUUUGUUGUUAGCAACAGCUGUGUAAUGAUGCACAAAGCAGCAACUUGUCACUUUAAUGUUCGUGUUGUAGAAAGCAGAAUUGGAGCACAGAUAAUUGCUAAAAAGAAAAAUCUUGAUUGGCGAAGUCUAAGAAAACUUUCAGAAAUUCAAGAGGCUCUAAAAUAUGACUUGAAGGAAAUGCUGUCCUGUGCAAAGGAACUGCUUCACCCAGAUCCAUAUACCAAAGAGGAGAUCUGCUCUUUGCUUGAAGUUAGCCCACAAGAACUGGCUAAUACCAGCUUAAGUGAAAAUACUUUACAUGUUGAGAAGUUCAAGUUGUAUGACCGUGUAACUCAUGUGUUUGCUGAAGCAGAUCGUGUAUUCCAAUUCAAAGAAGUUUGUGGCAUGACCAGUGAUGAUGCCUGCCAAAAACUUGGUGGCUUAAUGAAUGAAAGUCAUUCAAGUUGCAGCAAAUUGUAUGAAUGCAGCUGUGAAGAAUUAGAUAAACUGGUUGAGAUUUGCUUGGAAUCUGGUGCUCUCGGCUCGCGUCUAACUGGUGCUGGUUGGGGUGGAUGUGCAGUUUCUUUGGUGCCUGAAGAAAUCUUGAAGUCUUUUCUAGAUAAAGUGAAAUCUGAAUAUUACUUGUCUAAUCCAGAACUAGCUAACAAAGUGGAAGAUUCCCUGUUUGCCUCUAGACCUGGAUGUGGUGCUUUCAUUUGUAAAAACUAA